CGGGAGCGGUGCGCGCUGCCGCCGCAGUCGCUGAGGGCACGGGGCCGGCGGAGAGGCGAUGCCGCCGCCGCGUCCCGCCGGCCGCCGCCGCGGUAACUGAGAAUGGGUCCUCAACGAUGCUAAGUCUACAAUGGGAAGUGUCACACUACGCUAUUUCUGCUAUGGGUGCCUUUUCACAUCUGUGACCUGGACACUUCUGCUCUUUGUGUAUUUCAACUUCAGUGAAGAGAGCCAAUCCUUCAAGAAUGUGCCCGUCAAGGGGCUGGAACCUCAGAGGCCGUUUCCAAAAAAAUUCUACCCUCGUUUUACGCGGGGGCCAAUUCAUGUACCCGAAUUGCAACAGAAAGAGAAUAAGAUAGGAAAUCCCCUUGGAAAUCAUGUCCAGGACCCAGUUAAGGGGGAGGUUGAAUUCUCUCCUGAAAUGGGAAUGAUUUUUAAUGAAGAAGAUCAGGAAGUAAGAGACUUGGGCUACCAGAAGCAUGCUUUCAAUAUGCUUAUCAGUAAUCGACUGGGAUACCACAGGGAGGUGCCUGAUACAAGAGAUGCAAAAUGUAGAGAAAAGUCCUACCCUGCUGAUCUGCCAUCUGCCAGUGUUAUCAUCUGUUUCUACAAUGAAGCGCUUUCUGCCUUGCUUCGCACAGUGCAUAGUGUUCUGGACCGCACUCCUGCGCAUCUCCUUCAUGAAAUUAUUUUGGUGGAUGACAACAGUGAAUUGGCUGACUUGAAGAAAGACUUGGGUGAAUAUGUUAAAACUCAGCUUCCAAAAACCACAAAAUUGGUAAGAAAUGAGAAGCGGGAAGGCUUGAUUCGAGGAAGGAUGGUCGGAGCCUCUCAUGCCACAGGGAAAGUGCUGGUAUUCCUGGACAGUCACUGUGAGGUGAAUGAGAUGUGGUUACAACCUCUGCUGACUCCCAUCAGAGAAGAUGUCAGGACUGUGGUGUGCCCUGUGAUUGACAUAAUCAGCGCUGACACACUUACCUACAGCUCUUCUCCGGUUGUGCGUGGAGGGUUUAACUGGGGCCUGCACUUUAAGUGGGAUCUUGUUCCUUUGUCAGAGCUGGAAGGACCCGAGGGAGCUACUGCUCCAAUCAAGUCACCUACUAUGGCUGGAGGUCUGUUUGCCAUGGAUCGUGAGUACUUUAAUGAACUUGGACAGUAUGACAGUGGCAUGGACAUCUGGGGAGGAGAAAAUCUGGAAAUAUCUUUCCGGAUCUGGAUGUGUGGUGGUAGACUCCUGAUCAUCCCCUGCUCCAGGGUUGGACACAUUUUCCGGAAAAGGCGUCCCUAUGGCUCACCAGGGGGACAGGACACUAUGGCUCAUAACUCCCUGCGGCUAGCACAUGUGUGGAUGGAUGAGUAUAAGGAACAGUAUUUUGCUUUGAGACCCGAGCUGAGGAUGAGGAGCUAUGGAAAUAUUACUGACCGUGUAGAACUGAGGAAAAGAUUGAACUGCAAGUCAUUUAAGUGGUAUUUAGAUAACAUCUAUCCUGAGAUGCAAGUAUCUGGACCCAAUGCCAAAGCUCCGCAGCCCGUAUUUAUUAAUAGAGCACAGAAACGACCGAAGAUAAUCCAGCGGGGAAGGCUGUAUCACCUUCAAACCAACAAAUGCCUGGUCGCGCAGGGCCACCCAAGUCAGAAAGGAGGCCUGGUAGUGGUUCGGGAAUGCGACUACAGCGAUCAAAACCAGGUCUGGAUUUACAAUGAGGAUCAUGAGCUGAUCUUAAAUAAUCUCCUUUGCUUGGAUGUUUCGGAAACUCGCUCAUCCGAUCCACCUCGUCUCAUGAAAUGCCAUGGGUCCGGUGGCUCGCAGCAGUGGACAUUCGGGAAAAACAACCGCCUCUACCAGGUCUCCGUGGGGCAGUGCAUGAAGGUGGUGGAUCCACUUAGCCACAAAGGGUACGUGACUAUGGCCAUCUGUGACGGGUCCCUUCCGCAGCAGUGGCACUUUGAGAGCUGAGGCAGCGAGGAUGUGGUUGGGAAGCGUUAAGCCAAGACACUGGUUCCCCUUCAGCAGUGAUGCUCAGCCAUUCUGGAGGGCUUUGUGAGGAGGAGCUGCACCCGGCACAGCCACUGUGGUGGCACCAUAGGAACACUCUGCUGCGAACAGUGCUGUGCAGGAGAAGGUCUGGAUGGUCCCUGGCAGUGGAGCAGCAGCAGAGCACCACGUAGAAGUGCAAUUUAUCAGCAAUUCCUUGGAUUAUUGAACUGUUAUUCAGUACGAGAAAUUAUUAGAGCAAUGUCAUUUAAAUGGUGAGAUUUUAGCUUUGUGGAGCUUUUAAAUGCCAAUGACAGAAAGGAGUAUUUCAUGUGCAGUAUCUCAUUAAUUCACGGUUUUAGUAUGGUUUUACUGGCCAAAUUAUUUUGCUUUGUCUGGAAAAUAUUUUUCUUCCCUUUCAUCUUCUGAUAAUUGUCAUUUGUAAUAUUUAAAUUUAGUUCCUUUAAUUUGCAGUUUUAGGACAUUUCAUGUAGCUCAAACCCGUCGCUGUCAUCCGUCACCUCGUAUUUAAAACAAAGUAACUAUUGCAAAGUCUAUUUUGAUGACUCAUGACAGUAGCUGCAUUUAAAAUAAAGCAUCAUUUUUUUAUUAA